AUGCUGACUUGGACUUUAUGGUGUAGCUUAGUCUUUCUCCUAUGGUUCUACUUCCUGUGGAGUCGGCGCAGGUUUUACCUGUUUGCUCUCAAGGUCCCAGGGCCACUUGGAUAUCCCCUACUGGGCAUGGCCCACUGGCUGAGCCGUCGUGAAGAUAUCCUCAAUUCGUUUGCCAUCUUUCUGGAGAAGCAUGGCUCUGUUAUAUUCUCAUGGCUUGGACCCAUUCCUUUUAUGAUUGUCAGCGAUCCACAGGUGAUUCAGGAUAUAUUCACCUCGCCGCACUGCAUCAAUAAGGGCAUCAUCUACAAGGCGGUGGACGAUGGAGCCGGCAUGGGACUAUUUAGCUUAAAGGAUCCUUCCUGGAGCAUCCAUCGCAAGUUGCUGAAUCCCGCCUUUAGCCACAAGGUUCUACUCAGUUUCCUGCCCAUUUUCAACCGAGAGACGGCUUUGCUUUUGGAUCAACUGAAGCCUCUGGAGAACGAUGGAGAGAAGGAUCUUAUACCACUGCUACAGAGCUUUACCUUGAGCGUAGCUACGCAAACCACUAUGGGAAGCGAUGCAAAGAGCGAAGAGAACUUUAGGAGCAACUCCCUGCUGGAACGGUAUCAAUGUGCUCUGAACACCAUGGCAGAUAUGUGCUUCUCGCCGUGGCUCAAUAGCCGAUUUAUACGCCAGUUGGUUGGCAAGGAAUCGCAGUACUACCAGGCCAAGACCGAGAUCCGUGAGUUUAUCAAAAGGUAAGGGUCCCGCAGGAUAUCUUAGCCAACUUUAUUGAUACUUUCUCUUAAUCCCUUUCAGCUCAUCCAGAAAAAGAUGAUCGCAGAUGCAAAGGAAUCGUCAUUGUCAUCCAUCCAAUCCAGUGACAAGAACAUAUUUCUCAACGUAGCCACGGAUCUACUAAGACGGGGUGUGUUUAGCUGGAAAAAUGUGGUGGACGAGUCCAAUAUAAUUGUUUUCGGAGCCUUCGAGACCACGGCAAAUACCGUUUACUAUACCCUAAUGCUGUUGGCCAUGUUUCCUGAAUACCAAGAGAAGGCCUUCGAGGAGAUACGCAGCCUGUUCCCAAAUACCGGAGACUUCGAAGUGACCUAUACUGAUAUUCAGCAGAUGGUGUAUCUGGACUUGAUCCUGAACGAAUCAAUGCGUGUUGUGCCGCCAGUGCCUGUAGUAUCUCGACAAACUUCGCAGGAUCUAAAGUUGUCCAACGGAAUUGUGAUACCUCAGGGGGUUCAGAUAGCCAUCGACAUGUUCCACAUGCACCGGAGCAAGAAAAUAUGGGGACCCGAGGCAGAGACCUUUAAUCCUGAUCACUUUUUGCCCCACAAUAUGCAGGAUAAGCACCCAUACGCAUUCAUACCCUUUACCAAGGGUAUCAGGAAUUGCAUAGGUUGGAGAUAUGCUUUAAUUUCGGCUAAAGUGACACUGGCCAAAUUGUUAAGAAAUUACAAGUUUAGGACAAGCUUUCCCUUUGAGGAUCUUUAUUUCGUGGAGGAUAUAACACUGAAGCUGAAAGUUGUGCCACUCAUAGAGAUCCAAAAACGAAUCUAAAUGUGGUUGUUACUAAUAUAUUAAAUAUUAAUUAAGCUUGAUUAGUAAACAUUUAAAUUCCAACCGGCGUUGGUUGUAAAUAAAUAUCUUAGGGAAUUAGAUAUUUCGGGUUAUAGAAUUAUAUCUAUAAUC